AUGAAGUUCCUUCAAUCUCUCUUAGGUAAAACCCGUUUUGCAGUGCGUGAUAGGUUACUGUGUCGGGUUUCAGGGCUCCGAUUCUUCAAUGCUUCCUCAGAAGAGUAUUCCAAGAGGAACUACGCUAACAAUGUCGCUGAAUACAACACUGUUUUGGGUUCUCUCAAUGCUCAAAGAAGGGUCUUUUUGCUGAGGGAUGUGUAUGAUGAUAUGAUGCUUGAUGGAGUGAAGCCAACCCGUGACACUUUUCAUUCUCUUAUUGUGGGAACCAUGAGAGGCUCUAGAAUGCAUGAUGCUUUCUUCUUCAAGGACCAAAUGAAAAUCACGGGUUUGGUUCCUGAUGUUACUUUUUACAACUUUCUAAUUUCAACCUGUGGGAAAUGCAAGAACUCUGAUCAGGCUAUUCAGAUUUUGGAGGAGAUGAAAUCCAUGGAAGUAAAGCCAAAUGUUCAAACCUACAUCUGCUUGUUACAUGCUUGUGCAGCACAAGGGCGCAUAGACCGAGUGUAUGCAAUUGUCCGUGAUAUGACUGCAGCUGGUCUGGGAUUAAACAAGUUCUGCUAUGCCGGGCUUAUAGUUGCACACAAGAACAAAACACCUUUUACGGACGACUUUGAAGCAAAAGUUACAGAGUUUGUGGAGAGGUCGAAGAUAUGGUCUUCAGUAGAAACCGACAGUGCCAAUGCUGAGAAUGUGAUGGUGGGUGUUACUGAUGAGGAGUUAUAUAACUUACCAUCUGCAGAAUACGUUCAUAGGCGUGGAGGAUUCUUGAACAGGUCAUUUACAGCAUAUCAUACUGCAUUCAAUGCUGCUGCAGACUUCAAGAAUGUCAAGUUGACGGAUACACUUCUUGAAAUGCUGAGCAAGGAGAAGAAAACUCCUGAUAUCUAUAUUGUCAUGCAAGUGAUUAGGUGCUAUUGUUAUGCUGGAGAAAUUGACCGUGGUCUUCAAUAUUUUGAAGAAUUUAUAAAUUUAGGAAAGGGUAAUGCUGCCGAACUUUUUGUGACACUUGCCGAGGGGGCAAUGGUCGGGUACACUGAGAAAGGAAUGCAAAUUUCUCAAGAUAUACUAGUAAGGAUGAAUGAAAGAAACUUUUUCAUGAAUGUCAAAAUGGGAAGUGAGCUCCUGCUCAGGGCAGCUGGUGAAAAGACCGGAGGAUAUACUAAUGCUAACUACAUAUGGGACUUGAUGCGAGCCCGGAAUCUCUACCCUACUUUGCCUGCAGUGGAAGCAUACUACCAGGGUUUGAAGGAUCGACAGAUUCCUCAAGAUGAUCCAAGACUUGUGUUGGUUACUCAAAUGUAUGACAACCUUCGCUCGAGAUUUAGGGGAAGGCCGAAUGUAUAG